ACUGACAGACAAGCUGGAGAAGCUGCGUGAAGAAGCUGCAAAGACCAAGGAUGUUGAGGUGGAGGAAGAGACCGACACCGCCAAGGAUCUAAAGGCACGUGUGGACCACCUGAUGACUGCGGAGACCACAAACCACAUCAACAUUCAGGAUCUGAUUGUAAGUGUGAACCACCUGAUGACUGCAGAGACCACAAACACCAAAACCAUUCAGGAUCUAACCACACGUGUGGAAGACCUGAAGACUGCAGAGACCACAAACAGCAAAACCAUUCAGGAUCUAACCACACGUGUGGAAGACCUGAAGACUGCAGAGACUGCAAAUGAAAACACCAUUCAGAUUCUCACUGCACAUGUGGACCACCUGAAGACUGCGGAGACCACAAACAACAAAACCAUUCCGGAUCUAAAGGCACGUGUGGACCACCUGAUGACUGCAGAGACCACAAACACCAAAACCAUUCAGGAUCUAACCACACGUGUGGAAGACCUGAAGACUGCAGAGACCACAAACAGCAAAACCAUUCAGGAUCUAACCACACGUGUGGAAGACCUGAAGACUGCAGAGACUGCAAAUGAAAACACCAUUCAGAUUCUCACUGCACAUGUGGACCACCUGAAGACUGCGGAGACCACAAACAACAAAACCAUUCCGGAUCUAAAGGCACGUGUGGACCACCUGAUGACUGCAGAGACCACAAACACCAAAACCAUUCAGGAUCUAACCACACGUGUGGGCAAGCUGGAUGGCAUGUCAGACAAACGUAAGGUGUGGUUUGCAGCAAGAGGGGGCGGCAAAAAGACAAGUGAUAACAAGGUGAUCUUUGACGACGUGUGCACCAACAUGGGUAACCACUAUGAUGCCAACACAGGCAUUUUCACAGCCCCCUACAAGGGCGCCUACUUCUUCACCUUGACCUACCAAUCAUGGGGUAAGAGGAUUAAUCUGGAUGUGUAUAAGGAGAAGAAUGGGAGCAGAGAGAGGCUGAUGGACAUGUUUGACAACACCAAGAUCACAGGGAAGAACUACAUGGCCUCCAACAGCAGGAUGGUUGACCUGGAGCAUGAAGAGAAGGUGUAUGUCAAUGCUUAUAGUGACCAUGGACUUACAUCUAGUUGUUCUAACGUGUUCAGUGGCUUCCUGGUGUAUCCCAUGUAAAGUGGGGGCGGGCGCAUCCAUCCAUGAUAUCAGGGCAGUAUCGCUAUGGGAUGGAUGCUUUGAUGUGUAUUCCAUGAUAUCGUGUGGCUAACGUUCCACGUGUGUUUAUGGGUAGAAGGGCGUACAGGUGGCGUGUGGCUGAUGCCACCUACUGGUAACGCUUGUCAUAUUUACUCGUAUUCUGCUCUGUAUUGUUUUCCUAAAGGGACUGUUUGCCAACAUCCCGCCCUCUUCCUGUGUUGGCACGGAAGGCUAUUGCUAACAUGCUAGCUUCUAUUUGUUCCCUUGAAAUGUUGUCAUGAUUUGCCAACCAUGUGCCCUGCUAAUGGAUCAUUCUGGAUGUGAU